AUGUCUGAGACCUUGUCCAAAGUAAAUCAAAUUGUCAACGAUAUUAAAAAAGUAGCGACAAUAAGUAAUGAAGAAAAAACACGUGAAAAAUUGAAUAAAAUAAUUGAAGAUGGAUUUGACAAUUUACACAUUAUAUCUGACUUUGAUGCAACAAUGACUUCGUACUGGUUUGAUGAUAAAAAGCGGAAUCCUAGUUCACAUUCAAUAUUAGGAACAAGCAAACGUUUAUCUGAUCAAUUCAGGGCCCGUAUCAAAGAAAUAGAUGAAAAAUAUUAUAGUAUUGAGAUUGAUCCAUACAAGAGUAAACAAGAGAAAUUACCAUAUAUGCUUGAAUGGUGGGGAAAAGCUCACGACCUUUUAAUUGGAGAAAAAAUUAGUAAAGAUGAUGUAACUAGAAUAGCAACCGAAACACCUGUGAAAAUGCGGCCUGGUUUAGAUUCGUUAGUUAAAACUUGCAGUGAAAAAAAAGUACCUUUACUAGUGUUUUCAGCUGGAAUUGGCAAUGUUAUUGAACAGGUCUUAAGAAGCAAAAAUCUUUAUGAUCAAGAUAAUAUGCAUAUUGUAUCCAAUCAAAUGGGAUUUAAUCCAACCACUGGAAUAUGCGAUCGUUUUUCAGAACCUGUGGUUGAUGAGAAUGUACUGACAGACAAGACCAAUAUAGUCGUGAGAAGGCGCAAAGUAAAUGAUGUUAUUCCCGAAAAAGAUCUUCUUAUAAAAGAUGUAUUGGCAAUGAAGAAAUGA